GGAGCGGCAUGUAGCUGGAGUGUUUUUCUCCUCCACAGCCCACGUCUUCUUUUAGUUCUGCUCUUUUAACCGUUUGUAUCGACUUAACACUGUUUUAUCAAGCUGACAGACAGACGAACGUUCACCGGAGAUGGGAGUCCCGGCGUUUUUCCGUUGGCUGAGCCGCAAAUAUCCGUCAAUUAUUGUGCAUUGUGUUGAGGAGAAGGGCAAAGAGUGUAAUGGAGUUCGUAUUCCUGUCGAUACGACCAAACCAAAUCCCAACGAGGUGGAGUUUGACAAUUUGUACUUGGACAUGAAUGGGAUCAUUCAUCCCUGUACUCACCCAGAAGACAAACCUGCCCCUAAAAAUGAAGAUGAAAUGAUGGUCGCCAUUUUUGAAUACAUCGAUCGUCUGUUCAACAUCGUGCGGCCCAGGAGAGUCCUGUACAUGGCCAUCGAUGGAGUGGCCCCACGUGCCAAAAUGAACCAGCAGCGCUCUCGACGGUUUCGCGCAUCCAAAGAAGGAGUGGAGCUCGCAGAAGAGAAGCACCGCAUGAGAGAGGAGAUCAUACAGAGAGGAGGGUAUCUUCCCGCUGAGGAGAUCAAAGAGAGAUUUGACAGCAACUGUAUCACACCAGGAACAGAGUUCAUGGACAACCUGGCACACUGUCUUCGAUACUACGUGGCCGAGAGACUCAGCAACGACCCCGGCUGGAAGAACGUCACCGUGCUUCUGUCCGACGCCAGCGUCCCAGGUGAAGGUGAACACAAGAUCAUGGACUUCAUCAGGAGACAGAGGGCUCAGCCCAACCAUGACCCCAACACACACCACUGCCUGUGCGGAGCCGACGCCGAUCUGAUCAUGCUGGGCCUGGCCACACACGAGCCCAACUUCACCAUCAUCAGAGAGGAGUUCAAGCCCAACAAGCCCCGACCCUGCGCCCUCUGCGGACAGGUCGGCCACGAGAUCAAAGAGUGCCAGGGGGUGGCGCGGGAGAAGAAGGGGGAGCACGACGAGUUUGCAGACACGAUGCCGACGUCGGAGCAGGAGUUCAUUUUCAUCCGGCUGUGCGUCCUGCGGGAGUACUUGGCCCGGGAGCUGACCAUGGCCAGCCUGCCGUUCCCGUUCGACUUCGAGAGGAGCGUCGACGACUGGGUCUUCAUGUGCUUCUUCGUGGGAAACGACUUCCUGCCUCAUCUUCCGUCCUUGGAGAUCAGAGAAGGAGCGAUCGAUCGACUGGUUAACAUCUACAAAGACGUUGUGCACAAAACAGGAGGUUACCUGACGGAGAACGGCUACGUCAAGCUGGAUCGGGUGGAGAUGAUCAUGCAGGCUGUGGGCGUGGCCGAGGACAACAUCUUCAAGAAACGCAAAGAGGACGAGGAGAACUUCAAGAGGAGAAACAAAGAGAAGAAAAGGAGGAUGAGAGCGGAGCAGCAGGGCCCCGCCUACCUGACCUCGGGCCAGUUCGCCCCUCACGCCCUGGGCAGAAGAGACCGGCCGGACGCCGUGCAGAACGCCCGGCAGCAGGCCUUCGACAUGCGGAUGCAGCACAACCGGGAUGCUGCUCAGUCCCUGAAAGCCAUGAUGAAGAACGGAGGGAAUUCCUCUGCAGGACCCAGUGUCGGCCCAGACGGUCGGGGAGUGAAGAGGAAAGCAGAAGACAGCGACAGCGAGCCGGAGCCCGAAGACAACGUCAGGCUGUGGGAGGAGGGCUGGAAGCAGCGAUACUACAAGACCAAGUUCGACGUGGACGUGAGCGACGAGGACUUCAGGAAGAAGGUGGUCAAGUCCUACGUGGAGGGCCUGUGCUGGGUGCUGCGCUACUAUUACCAGGGCUGUGCCUCCUGGAAGUGGUACUUCCCGUUCCACUACGCUCCGUUCGCCUCCGACUUCAAAGACAUCAAAGACAUGUUCACAGAGUUCGAGAAGGACACCAAACCGUUCAAACCUCUGGAGCAGCUGAUGGGAGUGUUUCCUGCCGCCAGCGGAAACUUUCUGCCCGAGACGUGGAGGAAUCUCAUGAGCAGUCCAGAUUCGUCCAUCAUUGACUUUUACCCCGAUGACUUUGCCAUUGACCUCAAUGGAAAGAAAUACGCCUGGCAGGGUGAGUGUCGCCUUGUUACCUUUGUGGAUGAGCGCCGCUUGAGGGCGGCUCUGGCUGACGUCUACCCCGACCUCACCGUGGAGGAAGUGAAGCGAAACAGCCUCGGCAGCGACGUGCUGUUUGUGGGGAAGUCCCACCCGCUCGCCGACUUCAUCCACGAGCUGUACCGUGCUGAAUCUCACGAGGGCACUGAGAUCCCCGCAGAGCUGUGCCAUGGAAUCCAAGGUAUAUUAAAUCUUGAUGACGACCCUAUUCUACCAGAUAAGCCGGUGCAGUCGCCCAUCCCGUUGCUACGCGACAUCUCUCAGAACUUUGCGAUCGGAGUGAAGUUCAAGGAUCCGGCGUAUGCAGAUGGCUUUGUGUUCAAAGCGACCCUCCUGAGUGGAGCAAAGAUUCCACCGAAGGUGCUGAAGCCGGGCGACUGGGAGAGAGGGAACAGGGAGCCCUGGAAGCCUCAGCUGGGCUUCAAUCCCAACAGGCAGCAGGCUCAUCUGGACCAGUCUGGAUUCAGGGCUCUGAGUCACAACAUGAACAGAAACCAGGCCGGUCAAGGACAGUACAGCAAGGCGCCGCCGCCGGGCAACUACCACCAGGGAAACUACCGUUCCCACGGCGGAGGUCACCAGUCUUUCCAACAUUCCAGGCAGCAGAGCUUGCUGGGGCCGGCUCCCCCCUACGCCCAGCCUCAGUUUCAAAGGCAGCAGCAGCAGCAGCAGCAGCCGUUCCGGUCGGGGGGUCACGGGGGUCACGGCUGGGACCGGGCCGUACAGUCGCAGCACGCCUACAUGCAGAACCUGAACCGCGACCUGCGCGGGGCGGGGCCUGGCGGCAGCUACCAGCAGCGCUUCGACCAGCGCAGGGACAACUGGCACGAUCGCCGCGACAACCGGGGACAACCACCACAGCAGCAGCAGCAGCAGCAGCAGCAGCAGCAGCAGGGCUACAGCUCCGGCCGGAGCGGCUACCCCCCUCCCCCUCCGUCCCGCCGGUACGUCUGGAAGUGACCUGGAGCCUCCGGAUGAACAUAAAAGUUGUUUUUAUGGGAACCAAGCCGUCGCCACGGCAACAUGUAGUUCUAUUUUCCUUUUUUUCAGUUUGUCUUCAAUGUACAAUACAUUUUUUCUUACUUCUGUUUUGUUUCACGACUUCAAAAA